AGAAGGACGAUGCUCAGAGCAGAGUGGUGGCAGGAGAGCGCGGGAGAAGAAGUGGGUGACAGUGGGUGACACGUCCCUGCGAAUCUACAAGUGGGUCCCUGUGACGGAGCCAAAGGUUGACGAUAAAAACAAGAACAAGAAAAAGGGGAAAGAUGAGAAGUGUGGCUCCGAGGUGACCACUCCGGAGAACAGCUCCUCCCCGGGCAUGAUGGACAUGCACGGUGAUAACAGCAACCAGAGCUCCAUUGCGGACGCGUCGCCCAUCAAACAGGAGAACAGCAGCAACUGCAGCCCCGCUCCCGAGCCCAGCGCGGCCGUGCCCGGCGAUGGCGCUGACGCCAAGGCGGACGAGGCCCAGGCCGAGGGGAAGGAGCUCCCCGGGGCCGAAGAUGCUUCUGACGAGCAGAAUUCACAGUCCUCAAUGGAGAACUCGGUGAACAGUUCAGAGCAAGUAGAACGGCAGCCGUCUGGGGACUCGGGUCUGGCUGCAGAGACGUCCACAAUCUCUCAGGAUUUGGAAGGAGUGCCACCCUCCAAAAAGAUGAAACUGGAGGCUCCGCAACAAAACUCCGAGGAGAUGUAGACGCCGAGCUCAGCCCUCUGUCCCCGUCUCACAGGAGGCGCGUCAGCAGGCUUAACUCUAAAACAACAUCACCCGAGCGAUCCCUGUCGGGUGCGAAGGGAACUACUAACUUUUCAAGUUUACCAAGUGCGAAUCCAAGAAAACCUAGAGCGGCGUAACUUCUCAGACACUGAAGAACUCUCUGCUGUGAAGUGAAACACUCGAAUCUUGAAGUGACUGUCCUGGGGAAAGCGGGGUGACAGCUCAGGAGCGUCUGCACACUGUCUCUGAAGCCAAGAUUACAUUUGUGUUGCUGCUGUAUUUUUUUUUUCCCCCACUUCUCUAUUUAACGAUAUAAGCUAUUUGAGGGUGGUACCAAUCAGGAAUUCACUUUUUCGUCGGGGCUUUUCACUGUUCAACUGAUUCCUUCCGCUUUCUUUUUUUGUGCCUUGUGCCCUUGAGGUGACCUCUGGCAUGUUUUCCUGGUUGUUUUGCAUCUCCCCUUGCAAAGUGCCCUCUUGGUUCAGUUCGGGCAGCCAUUGCCCCGGUCCUCGCAUCUCUCUCCUCCCUGUCCCAGGACUUCAGCAUCAGGAGCGGACCAGGCAGGGAGAAGGAGAGCUCGAGGCUGCAGAAGAGCAGGACCUCCCCAGCCACCUGAUUUCUAGGUUCAGGGGUCUCAGGGGCACGCCUGGAGUCCCAGGAAGGGGCAGCACCAGCCUCCAGGGUCUGAGGAGUCACCGGUGUCAGGGCGACUGUCCCCAAGAGCUUCCUCGGGGCGUCUGAGGUUGACGUUUCCAAGCCCACAGCGGCCCAGCGGACACACACAGACCUUCGAUCGUUCUGGCACUUCCACCCUCUGCGCCCAUCACACCGCUUCUCCCACCCCUCCUGAGACAGACGGAAUGGCUUCUGUGGCUGACUGCAGGGUUGUCUCUGUUAGAGGCGGAGGAGGCAGGGAGCAGAUGGCAGGAAUAGCUGGUGCUGAACUUUCUCUCAUAGGACGUCGCUUGGAUUUCAAAUCCAGUUACCUGAUGCCCUCGCUCCCCCCUCCACCUGGCGCCACCUGCAGGGGAGGCAAGAUUGUGGUCCGCCAGAAUCCAAAAUCUGCUUGCUUCUGCAUAACGUUCCCCACUCCCAGAGCCGACAGUUGAAUCGCAUCUCAUUCCCAGGGUGGGGAACGGGCGUUGAAGACCAGAAACAAGGCACCAAGGAACUGGAGAGCUUUGCACUUCUCCAGAAAGGGGCCAUCGGGUCCCUCCCCGCCGCCUCCAUCCCCUACCUGCACUGGGACAGCUUCCUCUCGCUGAAACAGAGAUGCCCCCCCUUGGACAAACUGCCUACGUGCUUGGUUCUGAGGCCUCUUAAUUCCUAUACAGACUCCUCAGACCUUAACCCUUCUCCUGAGCUUUCUUUACUGCACUGGAGUUCCAACUCCCUUCGAGUUGUAUGGGGGGGAGGGAGGGUUCCGGGUUUUGUUGUUUGUUUGUUUGUUUGUUUUUCCUGUUCGUUCGUUUGUUUUUGUUUUUGUUCCGGCUAACUGGUGCAUAUUCAGGUACCACCUUUCACGUGUGGAUCCCUCCUGACCACCAUGGGAAGUGUCUGCCAGAUUCCAUUUUCUAAGAGUUUCCGAGGGUGAGGCUCUGAUUUUU